AUGAACCGCAUAACAUCAAUGAACAUGUCCAUCACCCGCUCGUCCCUCCUCUCCCAAUCUCUACGCCAAUACACCACUCGCAGCACACGACAGGAUCGCAUCGGUUCUGCUGCAGCUAUUGGAUACUGGUGUGCUGUAGUUAGUGCGCCUCUCGCUGGAGCUUUUGUCAUUAGUCAGAAUGCUGCAAAGGAUCAGCGGUAUGCGAAGCAACGACCUCUGAGCUUUCGCGAUUGUCUCCCUGCAUCGGCGCUGGAUGACUAUGCUGGGGCGUUCAUGAAGUUGAGGCGGUAA